UGUUACCUUUGUACAAAAUUAGAUUCUCACCAGUCAUCAAGUCUUUCCCUUUCUUUUUCCUCAACACCCAGAGCCUUCUCCACUCCAAUAAUUUAAACAUCGAUCUGUGUUGCUUAUUAGAUUCUAAUACCACUUUCUAUCUAGUUAGAAAAUUUUCAAUUAUUUAAAAGAGCAUUUUGCUGCAUCUUAUACCAUCACUAAAACUGUAUCUCUUCAUCUUUUCUGUUAUAUAAUAUAAUCUUUCUUUGAUAUCCUGAUGGAAAUCUUGGAGCCAAAUCUUGUUGGAUUCACUCUUGUAUUUUCUAUAAUCUAUCUGUUUGGAUACUUGAUCAUAUUCAAAGAUUGGAAAGAAAAAGUGAGGCCUGAUGCAUCAAGUUGUAUAAUGUCUUUAGCUCAUGGUACCCCUGCAGUAAUCUUAUCAAUAUACUCAAUGUUACAAACUUCAUUCCAAAAUCUUGAUAUUUCCAUCCAAAACUCACCAUUCCAAGAAAUGAUACUUGAAUACAGCAUUGCUUACUUCUUAGUUGACCUUUUACAUUAUUUGGUCUUUUAUCCAAGUGAUGUGCUUUUCAUUGCUCAUCAUUUAGCUACCCUUUAUGUAUUUUUAACUUGUCGAUUCGUCGUUCAUCAUGGUGGAGCUACUCUUCUUGGCCUUCUUUUUCUAGCUGAGAUCACAAGUCCUUGCCAGAACACAUGGAGUCUUGCUAGAUAUCGAAAGAACAAAGUCCCUAUGGCUGCUAAAUUUUAUGAAAAAUUGUCACCACUUUUUUAUAUGUUUUAUAGUUUGGUUAGGGGGGUUCUUGGACCCUUAUUUGUUUACAAGAUGGGUUUGGCUUUUGCAAGUGGAAAAGCAGAUGGUGUGAUUUCUAGGCCUAUGUGGAUUUCUUGGAUGGUUGUGAUUGUAAGUGCAAUCUUUGUUAGUAUUUUGUGGAUUUCUAAUCUUUGGAUAGACUUUUUUAGAGAAAGACUGAGGAAGGAGUUGAAGAAAUGUAAUUAGGAGUAAUUGAUACAGAGGUUGUUGAGUUCAGAUUCAAGGAUUGAAAUUGAAGAAUUUGAAAGUUGAAUUUGUCUGCAGCUAUAAUUGGUGGUGAACUUAUUAUCUCAUUAACUUGUGUAAAUUAUAUUGUUAAAUGUUCAAGUUCUUCGAUGUCAAUAAAACAGAGGAAUCAAAGCCAAAAGGGAAGAAAAUUCUAGUA